UUUUGGCUUCGAUCACAGCGUUAUUCUAUUGCGAACAGCUUUCUUCUUACGAUGGCAGCGAAGGAUGUCAGGUGUCGAGAUGUUUUUCAGUUAGCGUCCUACUGCUAUCAGUGGCUGGUAAAUGUUCGUCUACUCGUGUUCCCACACUCGCUCUGCUUCGACUACUCUAUGGGUUGUGUGCCGGCCGUGGAAAGCUGGGCGGACUACCGAGCGCUAUCUUUGUUGUUAUACUUUGGCGUUGUCCUCGGAGCCGUUACAUUUCUACCAGCCAGUAAUCUAAUCGUUACGGUAGGGUUUACUGUUGCCGAGAGAGUUCUGUAUCUGCCAUCUGCCGGAAUAUGCAUUUGUGGUGCACUACUAUUCGAACGUUCACAACGGCUAUUCAGAAACACGGACAAAGUUCUCGUAGCUUUACUGAUCGUUGCUGUGACAAAAACCUACCAGCGAUCGGAAGAGUGGCGUACCGAGUUGGAUCUUUACACUAGUGGUCUAAGGGUUUGCGCGAAAAAUGCUAAAGUUCACUAUAAUCUUGCAAAGGUGCUUAGCGAAAUCGGAGACGUAGACGGUGCCGAACAGAACUACUGGAACGCUAUUCGACUAAAUCCUCAAUACGACCAUGCUAUGAACAAUCUCGCAAAUAUUCUUGAAGCGAAAGGUCGAAGAAAAGAAGCAGAACUUCUUCUGAAAAAAGCCGUUCGGAGUAAACCAACUUUUGCAACUGCAUGGAUGAAUCUGGGCAUCACCCUCAUGAAUCAAAACAAGUAUGAGGAGGCGCUUCAAUCGUUCCAUCAAUCCUUGCGGAUACGACCGCUUAGCGCCGACUGUCUCUUCAACAUCGGAAAUCUUUAUCAGAAAAUGGGCCAACCGCAAAAAGCUCUCGAAGCAUGGAUGAACGCUACACGACUCAAUCCAAACCAUAUUCAUGCACUAACCAACGUUUUCGUGUUGUUGGACGAACUCGAACAAUGCAGUUUGGUGGUGGAGAUAUCUAGGAAGCUCCCAAACACGGUUAUCAGCCAAGAAGCAGCUUUGGCGUUCCAAAUAGGCGUCUGUCUUGCGAAGAUGAAGAAAUUUCGUGAGGCAGAAGAUCGACUGAAAAUUGCCGUCCAGCUCAACCCCCAUAAUUCCAUGUAUUAUGCAAAUUUAGGUGUUCUCUAUCAACGAUGGACUCGUUACGAACUAGCCGAAGACAUGUACCUACAAGCACUUUCCAUUGACUCACAGACAGGCUCAGUUAAACGGAAUUUGCGAGCUGUUCAGGAGAAACUCAACAGAUCCAGAACAUUUAUAAAACAAGAUCCCUUAUCUUAA